CCGCCCCGCCACGACGGGGAGCCACAAUCGGCAGCCAAAAACAGUCAACGCGCACGCUACUGACGGUGGGCUGCUAUCAAUCAAUACCUCAAGAACCCGAGUAACUCGGCAUUUAUUGUGAAACCGCAGCGCAUUCGCACCGGCAAGUCCUCAUUGAACUACACUCACCCCUGCAAGAACCAUUCCAAACCCCCCGCGAUCAAGCGCGAGCCAAGAUGUCAACAACCCCCAGCGCAAAACGAUCAACGACCCCCACUGUCUUCGAACAACAACGGGCAGAACUGGUGCGAGAAAUCGCCGUGGGUAUGGAGCAAGUCCUCCAGAACAUGAACCGGCUGAACCGGAACCUGGAGAGCAUCAUUUCUGUGGGGAACGAGUUUGGCUCCGUCGAGGCUCUGUGGUCGCGGUUUGAGAAUUUCAUGGGCCGGCCGGCUGAGGAGGCUGAAGGGCCGGUUAGGCGGAAGGGAGGUGAUUAUGAAGGGCAGAGCGAGCUGCGCGAUGAGGAGAUGAAGGAUGCGGAGGCUUGAGGGCAUGAAGCUACGAGAGGCUGCGGGUUGGUUGUGAGUAGGGACGGUCUUUGGUUGGGGUACGGCGUUUGGGUGACUAUAGCGUGGGUUCAAGUUUUGCGCAAUCGCGGCCUACUAUCUUCGCUGCUUGUCUAUGGUAUGGAAUGUAGUCUAUGUUUUCUACGCGUGGGUUCAACUACUGUAUAUUUUCUCGGCGAGUUGGUUGGGAAGAUCUUCGGAUUCAGUUACAUGGGGGGUUCGCUUGCGCCAGUAAACACCCGUCCCAUGCAUAAC